CGUCGUGAGGCGGCGAGGCGCCCCGGAGGGCCUCAAAAGCGAGACAAGAUGGCGGCGGGCGGCUGAGCGCGAAAGUCCUCCCCUCCGGCGCGUGGCCGCCCCGAAGCCCUCCGCUCCCUACGGACUCUCCCCGACGGCUCUCUCGGGCAGGGGAGCCCUUCAGCGCGCCGCCCCGCAACCAACAGAGGCCUUAUAUAAGCCAUGGCUUUAGCGCUGCGGGGUCGGCGUGCGGUGGCGCUCCUGCACGCCCUCUGUUUACUCUGGGCGCUCUUCGCCCUGAGCCAGAAUUUGGGGGUGCCGAAAUCGGUCCGCAAAGCGCAAGAUGACACCUACGGGGGCCACUGGAAACACCUCACUUUCCUUAACCAGGUUCUUCAGACACUACUGUAUAUAUUGUGUGCCAUCAUUGAGGGUGUAGCUCUGUGCAUUCCUUCCAAAGAGAGGACUGUGUCAUCUGUACUGCUGCCUAUCAGAGAUUUCAUCUUCUCUGUAUAUGUAUUCCCCGUUGGCUUAUUUGGCAUAUCAAGUAUCACAGAAUUAUUCACAGAUGUUGGAAGGAAGAAUUGGAGGGAACCUCACUUAAGAGAACUCAUGCAGCAGAGGUUUGUUGCUGUUGCCUUCUGGGGCCUUUUUGCAUAUGACAGAGAAUUAGUAUACCCUAAAGAGCUUGAUGAUAUUAAUCCAAGUUGGCUUAAUCAUACUAUGCAUACUACCAUCCUACCACUACUUUUCAUCGAGAUGGUUAUAUGUGUACAUAAGUAUCCUGAUAGGUUUAAAGGGAUUUUGGGACUUAGCUUCUUCGCAUUUACAUACCUCAUCUGGGUGCUGUGGGUACAUCAUGUGUCUGGGAUUUGGGCCUAUCCAAUUUUAGGAGUGCUCAGUCCAUGUGGAAUUGUAGGAUUUUUUUUUGUCGCUCUCGCUAUAAUGAUAAUGUUCUACUUCAUUGGAGAACAGCUAACAAAAUGGUUGUGGGCAAGACGUAGGAAGAAGUGCACAUAGAGCAGAACCUGGGAAUGGUAUAAUGUCAUUAAAAAUACAAGCUCACUUAUGGAAUCAAGAUGAAAGUGUUAAUUAUAACUGGUUCAUAAAUGGACAGAAAAUAUUGUUCAGAGAAGAAAGCCAUUAAAAGAGGAGGAUAAAAUUAGUAGAAAACCAGACUAAUUUCACAAAAUGCUUGUAUAGGAGAAGUAUUAUGAUGUGUGCCAAGUUGGAACUGACUCAGUGAGUGAGAUACCUAAUGAUUUAUCAGUGCCACAGCCCACUGAAUUUCUAUGGCAGAACAGGGAUUCUAACCCAGGUCUCCUGAAUCCUUAGUCCAUUACUCUGUCUACAGUACCACACUGAGUACCCCAUAGGAAAAAUAGGCUCAUGUAAAUCAACUGUUUGCACAUAAAGUUUAUGUAUCACUUAUAUGACUCUGCAAAAUGCCCAGUUUGUUUAAAUAAGCAAUAAUAUAGUUAAAAUACAAAACAUCCAUGUAGGCCCCUGAAAGUAAAUACUGUGUGUUGGGGAAUAAUACAUGGCUUCUCCCAGUCUGAAGAUACCCUUGUCCAGCAGGCUGAGGCCAAGAGG